CAGGCCAGGCAGUCAGUCUUCUGGUAACUCACCCAGGAUUAUCACCUCUUUGUCAUCAUGCGCGUUGCUCUCGUAUCCUUCCUUAUCCUAGCCGUAGUGGUCAUGGCUAUGGCUGACCCCGACCCUGGCUUUGGUAAAGGUCACGGUCAUGGGCAUGGAGGCUAUGGCAAAGGUCACGGACACGGCCAUGGUGGAUACGGCAAAGGUCACGGACAUGGGCAUGGAGGAUAUGGCAAAGGUCACGGACAUGGUCACGGUCAUGGGGGCUAUGGCAAAGGUCACGGACACGGCCAUGGAGGAUACGGCAAAGGCCACGGACAUGGUCACGGCCAUGGAGGAUACGGCAAAGGCCACGGACACGGCCAUGGAGGCUACGGCAAAGGUCACGGACAUGGUCACGGUCAUGGCGGAUAUGGCAAAGGUCACGGACACGGCCAUGGUGGAUACGGUCACCACUAAAGUCUGAUUUGUGACGAAAUUCGACUUCAUAAAUAAAUAUUUAUUGAGCAAA